AUUUAUUUUACACUCUUUCCUAACUUUGUCCUGAUUUCCCUCUACUAUAUUCUCUCUCUUUCUCUCUCCUGUGAUCUACGCAGCAAUCUCAGCUCUGGAGUUCCAGCUUUCCAAUCUCACCAGAUUGCUAUCUGUGGGCAGGUUUCUCUGUUUUAACUCAUGAGUUGGAACUGUUAAAGUUGGUGAGUCGUACUUUUUAUUUUGGGUUUCGCUCUUGAUGUGUAAUUUGGUGAGUAAAAUUUUGAGAACAUUAUGGUGAUUUUGCUUAUGAUCUCGGGGGAAUAAGUGGGUAGUUGAGGGGCUUGCUUUGAUCAAUUAAUGUUUUCUACGAUUUUGGAGUUAUAGGGGAAUAAAUGGAAAAAGUUGUUGCUGGGUUCCAUUUUGUGGAUAUUAAUGUUCGCUAAUUUCUAGCUGGAUUUCAAAUUUAAUCUCUCUGAUAAUUGGGUAGCUGCGGUUGGUCGAAUUGGAAUCUGGGAGUUUUGACUUCUUCUGGGUUUUUGGAAAAUUUGAAUAAUGGAGGCUAAAUUUAGAGGUAAGGCUCAUCAGUUAUAUGGUCAGGUGGUGUCGGAUUUGAAGGCAGUUGGGAAAAGAAGUUUGGAAUGGGAUUUGAAUGACUGGAAAUGGGAUGGAGAUCUUUUUACAGCAAGUCGUUUGAACUCUGUACCAUCAGAUUGUCGGAGUAGGCAGUUGUUCCCAGUUGGGCCAGAAAUUCCAGAAAAUGCUGGUCUGUCGAAUAGUUCAUCUUCUGGUUCAGAUGAGAUUAAUCUAGUGAAUGAUGGGGGCAAGAGGGAAUUGGAGAAGCGGAGGAGGGUUGUAGAGGUUGAAGAUGAAGAACUGAAUGAUGAAGCCGGGUCUUUUAACUUAAAGCUUGGUGGGCAAGCUUACCCUGUCACGGAAGGGGAGUUGAAGAGUGGGAAGAAGACAAAGAUUGUUGGGACAACCUCGAACCCUGCGGUUUGUCAGGUGGAGGGUUGUAAGGCUGAUCUCAGUAAUGCCAAGGAUUACCAUCGACGACAUAAGGUUUGUGAUAUGCAUUCCAAGGCCACCAAAGCACUGGUGGGAAACGACAUGCAGCGAUUCUGUCAGCAGUGUAGCAGGUUUCACGUUCUUCAAGAGUUUGAUGAGGGAAAGAGAAGUUGUCGUAGACGGUUGGCUGGCCAUAAUAGGAGGAGGAGGAAAACACAUCCUGAUACUGUAGCUAGCGGAGGCUGUCUGAAUGCUGAAAGGGGUACCAGUUACAUAUUAAUAAGUCUGCUGAGAAUUCUCUCCAAUAUCCAUUCAAAUAGCUCAGACCAAACAAAGGACCAGGAUCUGUUAUCUCAUCUUUUGAGGAACCUGGCCAGUCUUACUGGGACAGUUGAUGGAAGGAACAUAUCUGCAUUACUGGAGGGAUCUCAAGGUUUGCUGAAUGCUGGGACAUCUACUGGGUCUUCACAGAAGGUGCCAGAUGUUACUCCAAAUGGUUCUGAGUCCUCUAGGCCUUUCUGUUCAACCUCGAAGAUGGAUGAUCACAUCAACCUUCAUGACCAUCCUAUAUCUGUGGGACAAUGCGUGACAGCAUUUACAUCUGAUAUGGCACAGAAAAGAAUAUCUUUGGAUGACUCUCAGGGUGGACAUCUAAAAGCUAUAUCUGGUCUACAGUACAAAAACCCACCUCCAUCAAAGGAUGGGCUUCCAUCCAAAUCAAUUAUAUCUGAGACAAAAGUUGGGAGGAUCAAAUUGAAUAACAUUGACUUGAAUAAUGUAUAUGAGGAUUCAGAGGACCAUAUAGAGCAAGUAGGGAGGUCUCAUGCCCCUAUAAACUCAGGGACUGGGUUUCUCGGCCAUCCAUUAUGGGUACAGCAAGACUCGCAUAAGUCUAGUCCACCUCAGCCAAGUGGCAACUCAGAUUCAACUUCUUCACGGUCACCAUCUAGUUCCAGUGGAGACGCUCAGAGCCGCACAGAUCGAAUAGUUUUUAAACUCUUUGGAAAAGAUCCAAACAAUUUUCCUCUUGUUCUCCGGACACAGAUCCUCGACUGGCUAUCCCAUAGUCCUACCGACAUGGAGAGCUAUAUAAGGCCUGGUUGUAUCAUAUUAACAAUAUACCUCCGUCUAGAAAAGUCCAUGUGGGAGGAGCUUUGUUGUGAUCUGGGAUCCUAUCUGAAAGGGCUACUUGGCUCAUGCAAUGACUCUUUCUGGAGAACAGGAUGGGUGUAUACUAGGGUGAGGCAUCGCGUGGCAUUUAUGUAUAAUGGUCAGGUUGUCUUAGACACACCCUUACCUCUGAAAAGCAAUAAAAAUUGCAGGAUAUCAAGCAUCAAGCCAAUUGCUGUUUCCACAUCUGAGAGAGUUCAGUUUGUUGUAAAAGGCUUUAACCUUUCUCGUUCCACUGCUAGGCUACUCUGUGCUCAAGAAGGGAAGUAUCUGGUCCAGGAAACUUGUUAUGACUUGAUGGACAGUGCUGAUACAGCCAUUGAGCAUGAUGAACUCCAAUGCCUCAGCUUCCCCUGCUCCAUACCAAAUGUUAUUGGAAGAGGAUUCAUUGAGGUUGAAGAUCAUGGUCUCAGCAGCAGCUUCUUUCCAUUUAUAGUUGCAGAGCAAGAAGUCUGUUCUGAGAUCUGUACGCUUGAGCAUGCCAUUGAGGUGGCUGAAAAUGCUGAUGAGAUUCAGAGAGUACCUGAACUGCUGGAAGCCAAGACACAAGCUCUGGACUUUAUACAUGAAAUAGGUUGGCUGCUUCAUAGAAGUCACGUGAAGUUUAGACUGGGUGACGUGGAUCCGAACCCGGAUCUCUUCCCCCUAAAACGGUUCGAGUGGCUUGUGGCAUUCUCCAUGGACCAUGAUUGGUGUGCUGUAGUAAACAAACUCUUGAAAAUUCUGUUUGAGGGUGUAGUUGAUGCAGGUGACCACCCUUCCAUUGAGCUUGCAUUGUUGGAUUUGGAUCUUCUCCACAGAGCUGUCCAGAGAAAUUGCAGACCUAUGGUCGAACUCCUGUUAAGAUUUGUCCCAGAUAAAGUUUCAGAUGGGAGAGGAGCUCAGGAAAAGCAACAGGUUGAUAGGGCCUCUAGUGGCUUCUUAUUUAAACCGAAUAUGGUUGGACCUGCAGGGCUUACUCCUCUUCAUGUUGCAGCCAGUAUGGAUGGCUCUGAGAAUGUAUUGGAUGCCUUAACUGAUGAUCCUGGAUCGGUUGGUAUUGAAGCAUGGAAAAGUGUUCGUGAUAGUACAGGUUUGACACCCAAUGACUAUGCUUGCCUACGAGGCUAUUACUCCUACAUCCAUCUUGUCCAAAAGAAAUUUAGCAAGAAAAUGGAAAGAAGGCAUGUGGUGCUUGAUAUCCCUGGUGCUGUCUUAGACUACAAUAACAAGCGGAAGCAAUCAGAUGGGCAUAAGUUGUCAAAAGUUGCUUGCCUGCAAACUGAGAAGAUUGAAAUUGGAGCAACCUAUAGACAUUGCAAGAUAUGCGAGCAGAAGCUAUCUUAUGGCAGCAUGAGAAGAUCACUUGUAUACCAGCCGGCAAUCCUUUCAAUGGUGGCCAUUGCCGCUGUUUGCGUGUGUGUGGCUUUGCUCUUCAAAAGCUCACCUGAAGUUCUUUAUGUGUUCCGGCCAUUCAGGUGGGAACUGUUAAAGUACGGGUCAAGCUAAGGUGAUUCUGUUGGAGGGUGGGUUUUGUUCUGCCCCCUCUCUCCCCAUCUUAAUUGCACGAAAGAAACGUAUAAGUGUUGGUGAUCUGUGGAAUCGGGCAUCCACUAUUUCUGUAUACUGUAUAUGUGCUAAUGGUAGUACGUUACAAGAUUAUAUAGGGAAAAUUUAAUCGGUAUCAAUCCAUUGAUUUAUACAGAAAUAAACCCAUCGCAGUCUGGGGAAUUAAUACCUUGGAAAGGCUUCAUUUUUC